UUUCACUUUUAAACUGGCCAAUCAGCAGCAGGCGGUCCGUCCCUGUUUCUGGUCCGGGUGGAACACGCAGUAGUGUGUAUCAGCUAGAUGUGUGAGUGACAGCUAAGGUUGGUGGUUCUGGAUUGCCCAGGGGCUGCAGGCCGUGGUCGAUCAUGUUGGGAAUGAGGAUCUUCAAAGAUCUCCGCACAGGAGGUGGAUCCCUGCUGCGUCUCCGGAGGUCAGUCCAGUCUCAGACCCGGUUCUACUGCCAGGCGCCAGGCUCUUCGUCCUCCUCUCAGGCCAGGCUGAAGCUGCGGACCCGGUUGGGGGUCACGCUGCUGUUUGGAGGAGGUCUGCUGGGUGUGUGGUGGUACGUGGACUCUGAGAAGCAGCAGAGACUCCGACAGCAGCGCGUGGAGCAGCUUAGGAAGGUGGCGCUGGGUCAGGGGACAUUCAGUCUGCUGGACCACACGGGCCGGCGCCGGACCAAGGAGGAUUUUCUGGGCAGUUGGGUCCUGAUGUACUUCGGCUUCACGCACUGUCCCGACAUCUGUCCGGACGAGCUGGACAAGCUCAGCGCGGUGGUUUCUGCUCUGGACCAGGAUCCCUCCCUGCCAGCCGUCCAGCCGCUCUUCAUCACAGUGGACCCGGAGAGGGACGACGUGGCGGCGCUGGCCCGCUACGUCAAAGACUUUCACCCCCGCCUGAUCGGGCUGACCGGCACCCCGGAGGAGGUGACGCAUGCAGGCCGGGACUACAGGGUGUACGCCAGCCCUGGACCCAAAGACGAGGACGGGGACUACAUUGUGGACCACACCAUCCUGAUCUACCUGGUGAGCCCGGACGGACUGUUUCUGGAUUACUACAACAGGAUGAAGAAGCAGGAGCAGAUUGUGGAGAGCAUCAGGAACCACAUCCAGAACUACGUCAGACUGUAGACAGAACCACAUGUAGCGGUGGACUCUGGGCGGACGGGUUCUGCACCUCCUAUGGUGACUUUGUUUCUUCAAACAUGUUUACUGUGAGAAUUUAAAUAAAAGAACUGGACUCCUUGAUCUUUGGGUUUGUGGAUUAAAAGGAUUUUCCAGGAGAACAGAUGUACGAAAUAAAGUGAAUGUUUUAUUAGAAUUAUGAAAAGAGAAAGAAGGGGUUCUGUUAAAGUUGGAUGGCGCCGUCUCACAGCCCAGACAAGGUGUGGAAGCGGUCCGUGGCCCUCUGGGUGCUGAGCAGGGUCAGGGCCAUGGUGUCCACGCCCUCCAGACCCACGGUGCUGUCGAUCUCCACCGUGUAGUCGUUGGCCUGCAGAGGGCGACAAACACAGUUUGGAUCAGAACCUCAGCCAUGAGGUUUCCCCCAAAUAAACAUCUAAAUUCAACGAA